UAGUCUUGGCCAGAACACAGGCCUAGAAGGAUCGCACUCGUUCCAAAUAAAUUUUUUAACACUUUAAUUAAUUAAUAAUUGAACUAUUUUUUUUUUCAAUUUCUAAAUAUACGCGAUCGUGUGUGUUUUAUUAAUAUUAUUAUUAUUUUAUGUGUGUGAACAAUGCAUAAAAAUAUAAAUUUUAAUUAUUUCUUUUUUUUUUUUUGUGUGUAAAUAAAUAUAUAUUUAGCUGUUAAUAAUAAAUUAAACGCGAGUGACAUUAAUAAAUAUAUAUAUCAAAAAAAAAAUAAUAAUAAUACAAAUUUAAAAACUAUUAUUGUUUUGUCUAUUUAAAAAAAUUCUGACUUUUCAAGUUGUUUUUUUUUUUUUCUUAUAUUUUCUUUUUCAUUAUUCAACAAAUAAAAAAAAAUAAAUAAAUAAUAGUGUCUUGAGUUUAUUUAUACAAUAGAUUUUGUAUGACAUGAAAGAGACUCUUUCCAAGAUCUAUAAAUGAUUUUGACGACGAAAGAAGAGCAGUGAUAUUCAGUUUCAGAUUAGAAGCCUGCUGGGACGGGUCUCGCUCCAGUAACAAGGCGCCGUCAACAAAAAAUAUAUAUAUAUGUUGCAACGUUGUGCUCAACACAUAAAACAUUGUGUUUAAUAAUAUACAUAUAUAUAUAUAUAUAAUAAAGAACAAUAAAAAAAUAAUAAUAUAAACAACAACAACAACAAUAAUAACAACAACAACGACAAUCAACUGGAUUAUUUAUUUGGAUUGUUUUUUUUUUUCUUUUCUUUGAAAAUAAUCAAAAAGUUUUUUAAUAAUUAUCGUGAGUUAAUAAAGUUUAUACUGUGUGGACUUUGAAAAAAAAAAAUAUAUAAAAGUGUAAUGUUUUUUAUUUUGAGAACGAAAUUCGGUGGUAUUGUUGUUGUGACACUUUGACAAUGACACUUGAGGAUUAACAAGAAUUAUCAUUAUUUUAUUUAUACUUUAAAUAAAUAAAAAUAUUAUAAUUAUUAUAUUGGAUAUUUAAUAUUUUAAAAAAUAUAAUUUAUUAUUAUUUUUUGUUACGUGUGCCUUUUGUUGUUGUUUAACAAUAAAUAAUCGGAUACAUGUAAUAUAACUUGUAAUUUAUCACUGCCAAAUAUGCAUCAUUAUCAGUGAUUUGUUUUAUUAUUUAUUUAAAAUAAAUAAAACUCAAUUAGUGUUUUAAUUGUGCUAAGAAAAAAAAAAAAGUGAAUUUUUUGGAGUAUUUGUUUGUUGAUGAAAUAAUUUUAUUUUAAUUGAAACUUUUUUUUUCAUUUAAAUUUAUAAAAAAAGUUUUGUGUUGAUUUUUAAAUAUAUAGACAAAGUGUGUUGUAUAUUUUUUUUUAAAUAAUAAUAAGGACAUUAUUGAAAAUUAUUGUGGUGAAAAAAAAAAAAAAAAAAAAUUAGUAAAGAUAAUAAUAAAUAUGAGUAUUAAUUGGAAAUUAAUAAAUAAAUAUUAUUAAUUUUUUUUUUCAAAAUUAGUGAAAUAAUUGAGGCAAUGCCACGACACAGGGUCCGACGUCGCCCGUGUUUGCAAAAUAUAAAAAAACAAACAAGUGACUAUUGAAAUAUAAAAAUAAUAAAAAUAGAAAAUAAGAAAAGAAUUAAUUUAAUUUAAAAAAAAAAAAAAGUAAAUUUAUGUUGGAAUUGUGCUGUGAGAGAGCAAGAAUAAAAAAGUGAUUAAAAUAACAAUUGCCUUAAAGGCUGUUGUGGUGGAUAAUAUUUUUAAAUAAUUGUAGAAUUUUGAAGCCGUCAAAGUGGCUUCUUCACUGGGUCUCCAGGGGCCAUCAGCGCCAAUUGGUGCCCAAUUAUUGGCUUCUGGUGGUGGUACUGAUGAUGCGACCACCACAACAUACCACGGAAAUUUGGUAACCGGCAACAAUAGCUCGGUGACAGCAGCAUUACAACAGCCAAUACUUAAUUCAUUAAAUUCACUUGCCACAAUGCAAGCAUCAGCUGAAGCAAAUUCACUCGAUUUACAAGCAAUGCAAUCCAUGGAUUGGCUUUUCAAGAAAGAAAGGAUUUAUCUUCUUGCUCAAUUUUGGCAACAGAGAGCAACAUUAGCUGAAAAAGAAGUAACAACACUUAAAGAAAAAUUAGCAGCGUCAACCGACGGUAAUAUCAAGACUGAGGGACAACAACAAACAUCCCAAAAUGCUCAAAGCACAGAAACAAGUCAUGAACAUAGUAAUCCAAGAAGAUCACCAAGUAUUAAUUUGGAACAAGAACUUCAGGCCAAAGACAAAGAGAUAAAUCAACUCGUUGAUGAAGUCACAAGGUUACAACAGAGUCUUCAUAGAUUACAAGAAACAAGUGCACAAACAGCAUCAAGACUUGAAGAAGAAUUAGAAACAAGAAGACAACAUAUUGUAAGGCUAGAAAGUAAAUUAGAUCGACAACGUGAUUAUGAUGAUAUUAAACGAGAAAUAAGUGUACUGAGAUCAGUUGAUUUAUCACAAAUACCAACUGGUGAACCUGGUAAAAGUUUAGAACAUCUUCUUAUGGAAAGAACAAAAGCUUUACAACAAGCAGAAAAUUUAAAACCACCAACAACACCAGACACAAUUAUCGGUGGACUUGCUUCACCACUGCAGCGUACUGCAACCGCCUCACCACAUGGUAGUAGCAGUGUUGUUGUCAGUGGGAGUAAUCCCACUUCCCUAACGUCCCAACAGGUGCUCCCAACGCGUUCCACCCCAACACCCUCAUCGGUCACCUCAACUACCACCACCACCACUACCACAUCAACUAAUCUCCUAUUUCCACCUCCUUUACAAAAUGUUGAGACUUUUGGUUCAUUUCUUGGUGAAGAAAUUGUUGCAAAUUGGAGAAGAUCCUUGGAAAGAUCAAUUAUAAAUCAACAACAACAACAACAAUCACAAUGUACUUCUACAAUUUCAAUAAAAUCACCAAUCCAACAAUCCCAACAAUUCCAGCAGAGUUCACAACUACCACCAUUAUCACCAACAUCACCACAAUUACCAUUACUACCCCCAUUAAGCCAAACGGGACUACAUCAGCAAUACACAAGUUUAUAUUCAUUGCCAACAACACCAAACCUAAAUCAACUUCAAUCACCAACAGAUCAAAUUAAUUCAUCUACAAGUACACCAGUUAAAUCAACAACACCAUUGGACAAUCUUGAUGAUAUGGAUAAAAUGCCAAUAACAGAUACCAGUAUUGAAUUAACAACAACAGCAACAACAACAACAUCAUCAACCGUAUCAACUGUAUCAACAACAACAUCAUCAUCAUCACCAUUAUUAUCAUCAACAUCAACAUCAACAUCAGUUGUACAAUCAAUAACAUCACCAAUGUCAACAACAGCAACAACAACAACAACAACAACAUUAACAAGCAGUCAUCAAUUAUCAACAAGUAAUAUUGAGACAAAUAAUCUUCUAAAUGGUACAUCAUUAUCACUUGCUGGUUUACAUUUAGUUGGACCAACAACAACAACAACAACAGCAUCACCAAAAAGUCCACAUGAUGAUACAUUAUACAACAAUAACAAUAAUAAUAAUAAUAUUAACAAUAAUAAUAUUAAUAAUAAUAACAACAACAGCAUUAGCCAUCAUCUCAUGAUGAACAAUAAUAAUAGUAAUCACAGUAUAAAUAAUAAUAAUAAUAAUAACAACAGUAUUGGAAGUAUAAGUGUAUUGGACAGUUUAAAAGGUCCAUUUAGAUUUGAUGAUAGAACACAUCCAUUUAGAUUUGGUGAUGAAUUUGGUGCUGCUGGUAUGGCAGGUAGAUUAGGUGAAUCAUUAAUACCAAAAGGUGAUCCAAUGGAAGCACGUUUACAAGAAAUGUUACGUUAUAAUAUGGAUAAAUAUGCAUCACAAAAUUUAGAUACACUUCAUAUUGCAAGACGUGUACGUGAAUUAUUAUCAAUUCAUAAUAUUGGACAACGUUUAUUUGCAAAAUAUGUACUUGGAUUGAGUCAAGGUACUGUUAGUGAAUUAUUAAGUAAACCAAAACCUUGGGAUAAACUUACGGAAAAAGGACGUGACAGCUAUAGAAAGAUGCAUGGAUGGGCUUGUGACGAGAAUGCUGUGAUGCUACUUAAAUCAUUAAUACCAAAGAAAGAUUAUGUUUCAGGCAAAGAACAAGGAAUGCCAACAUUUGCACGUGGUCCACAGGAUGGUGGUCCAAAUGAUAUGAAUGACGAAAGAAUAGCACAUAUGUUAAAUGAAUCAAGUCAUCUUGGAAUGAGCCGUAGUGAACAUGAUAUGUCAAAUGAUGCUGAUAGUAAAAGUCCAAGUAGAUUGGGUUGUCCAAGUCCAUUAUUUGGAAAAGACAGAUAUGACAGUCAAAAUAGAAGACUUAAAAAAUAUGAAAAUGAUGACAUUCCACAGGAAAAAGUUGUUAGAAUUUAUCAAGAAGAACUUGCUAAAUUAAUGGGUAGAAGAGUUGAAGAUUUACGAGGACCAAGAGAUUUUCCACCAAGUGCGAUGUUUUCACAUUUUUUCAGUGCUGGUGGUGGUCAAAGUAUACAAGGAAUGGAAAGAACACAAGAUGAAAUAAGAAUUGCACUUGAUGCAUAUCAUCGUGAGUUACAAAAAUUAAAUACAGCACCUGGACAAAUUCCAGGUUUACCAAAUUUACCUGGUUUAUUAGCACUUCAUCAACAAGCACUACAUCAAAAUCAUAUUGCAAAUGGUGGUGCUGGUACUGGUGUAGGUGGUGGUAAUCCAAAUAGUGGAGGUGGUGGAGGAGGAGGAGGAGUACAAGAUCUUAGUUUGGGAAAAAUUGAACAAAGAAAUAAAAUAAUGAAUGGUAUAUCAGAAGAAGAUAAAGAAAAAAUGGAAGAAGCCAUGAGACAUGCUGGUAGUGCAUUUUCAUUGGUAAGACCAAAACAAGAACCAACACAAGGACCACAAUCAACACCAGGUGGUUCAAGUGCAAGUUCACCACUUGGAAAUUCAAUUCUUCCACCAGCCAUGACACCAAAUGAAGAAUUUUCAGCAGCAGCUGCUGCAAGUCCAUUACAAAGAAUGGCAUCAAUAACAAAUAGUUUAAUAAGUCAACCAUCAACACCAACACAUCAUUCAUCAAAUCAAAGACCAUUAAAAGCUGUAUUACCACCAAUAACCCAACAACAAUUCGAUCUUUACAAUAAUCUUAAUACAGAGGACAUUGUGAAGAGGGUAAAGGAACAAUUAUCACAGUAUUCAAUAUCACAGAGACUAUUUGGAGAAUCUGUAUUGGGUUUAUCACAGGGUUCAGUAUCAGAUUUACUAGCACGACCAAAACCUUGGCAUAUGCUUACUCAAAAAGGCAGAGAGCCAUUUAUUAGAAUGAAAAUGUUUUUAGAGGAUGAACAAGCUGUUCAUAAAUUAGUUGCAAGCCAAUAUAAAAUUGCACCAGAGAAGCUCAUGAGGACCGGCGGCUACGGCGGCCUGCCUCGUAAGUUUAACUCAGCAUGUGGAACACCAAUGAAACCAAUGCCACCAACAAAAUUAGUACAAGAACAAUUACAAAAUGCAGCAAAAGCACAAGCAGCAGCACAAGCAGCAGCAGCAGCCCAAGUUGCCGCCCAAACAGCAGCAGCAGUACAACAUCAUCAAGAACAAACACAAAUGCAACUUGGUCCACCACAAUCAAGUCCACAACUUGGUCAACAUACAAUACAAGGACCACAAGGAUUAAUGUUAACAUCACCAGGUUCACAUCUUGCAUCACAUUUACCAACCCAAUUAACAAUUCAAGAAUUACAAAAAAAACAACAUCAACAACAACAACGUGAACAACAACAACAAAUGUCUGGUUUACAUUCACCACAUCAAAUGACACCAUCACCAUUACGUAGUCUUCAUCCACAUAUAUCACCAAGUGUUUAUGAAAUGGCUGCAUUAACACAAGAUCUUGAUACACAAACAAUAACAACAAAAAUAAAAGAAGCUCUACUUGCUAAUAAUAUUGGACAAAAAAUAUUUGGUGAAGCUGUACUUGGUUUAUCACAAGGUUCAGUUAGUGAAUUAUUAAGUAAACCAAAACCAUGGCAUAUGUUAAGUAUUAAAGGACGUGAACCAUUUAUAAGAAUGCAGCUUUGGCUAUCAGAUGCACAUAAUGUUGAUCGUUUGCAAGCAUUAAAAAAUGAAAGACGUGAAGCUAAUAAAAGACGUCGUAGUAGUGGUCCUGGUCAUGAUAAUUCAUCAGAUACAUCAAGUAAUGAUACUGCUGAUUUUUAUCAUGCUAGUAAUUCACCUGGUCCAGGACCUGGUCCUGGUCCUGGUCCAGCAGCUAAAAAACAACGUGUAUUAUUUUCUGAAGAACAAAAAGAAGCAUUAAGACUUGCAUUUGCACUUGAUCCAUAUCCAAAUGUUGCAACAAUUGAAUUUCUUGCUGGUGAAUUAGGUUUAUCAUCAAGAACAAUAACAAAUUGGUUUCAUAAUCAUAGAAUGAGAUUAAAACAACAAACACCACAUGGACAACCAGAACAACAAUCACCACGUGAACCUGGACAACCAUUUGAUCCAGUACAAUUUCGUUUAUUACUAAAUCAAAGAUUACUUGAAAUACAAAAAGAAAGACUUGGUUUGGGUAAUGUACAAAUACCAUAUUCACCAUAUUUUAAUCCAAAUUUAGCAACAUUAAUGAGUAAUGCAUUAAAAGAACAAUGUUCUGGUCUUGAUUUAUCAAUGGGUACAUUAAAACGUGAACCAAAUCAAGAAUAUGAUGAUGAUGAUGCUGAUAAUGAUAAUGAUAAUGAAAAUGAUAAUGAUAAUGAUGAUGGUAUGAGUAAUUUAGGUAGUGAAGAUUCAGAUGGUUCUGGUACAAGUUUAAAACGUGAAUCAAAUGAUAUACAUAAUUCACAAAUACCAACAACAGCAUCAUCAGUAACAUCAGCAAGAUCAAGUAGAAGAAAACCAGCAGCACCACAAUGGGUUAAUCCAGAAUGGCAAGAACCAACAAGAACUGGUGAUGAAGUUAUUAUAAAUGGUGUUUGUGUUAUGCAAACUGAUGAUUAUGGUGUUAAAAGAGAAAAUGAACAAACAGUUAGAGUUGAACCAACACCAGUACAAGAUAGAUAUGAUGAUGAUUGUCAAAGUGAUGCAUCAUCAAUAUCAGCAAAUAAUGGACAAGAUCGUGAUAGUCCAAUGCCUGCAAGUCCAAAAUCAGCUCAAAAUAGUCCAAUAAUAACAACUACAACAACAGCAACAACAACAACGACAAUGACAUCACCAAGAUCACCAUUAUCAACACAAAAUAUUCACAAUAACAUUGAUCAAAGUCCCAAAGACAUUGUUAAAAGUGAACCAGAAGAAACUUGGGACUAUUAGUUGAUUUAAUUUUUAUUUAUUUAUUUAUAAAAUAUCUAUAUUAUAUAAAAAAACAAAAAAGAUAACAAAAAUUAUUAUAAAUACAAGCGAUUUAUAUAUCUGGCCAAAUAAACAUCUAGCUUGUCUUGAUUGAUUUUAAGCUAUUUUUUGUAAUUAAAAAUUUAAACAAAAUUUCUUGUAUAUUAUUAUCAUUAUUACUAUUAUUAUUAUUAUUGUUGUUAUAACUAUGAUUAUUAAUUUUUUUUAUUUUUAUCAAAAAGAAAAAAAAAAAAAAAGAAAAAAAAAUAAUAAAAUUAUGUGUAGAAUAAGAUUUUUAGGAAAAAGAAAAUGUAAAAAAAGAAAAUAUAUAAAAAACCAGCGAUAGGAUUCGCAUUUUUUUUUUUUUUUUUGUUUCAUUGGAACAUAAAAGAUGUACCAAUUAUAUCAUACGAGUCCUGCCUAUCGACUUGGGCAUUAAAUUUAGUUGACCGAAGUUGACAUAACGACUGAAUCACAAAAAAAAAAAAAUUGAAAAAUAAAUAAAACCUGUAAUUUAUAACUUUGUUUUUAUUUUAAAAAAAAAAAAUUUUUAUUUCUUCGUCAACAAGUAUUAUGUAGAGAAAAAAAUAAAUAAAUGAAUAAUAAUAAUAUGUCGAAUUAAUAAAGAGCGGAGCAAAAUCAAAAGUCUCUUUCGAAUUCGUAAAAAUAAUAUUUAAAAAAAUAUAAACAAAUUCACCAGUGAGCGAUGAACAAAAUUAAAAAGAAAAAAAAAAUAAUAAAGUAUACUGUGAAUAUAUAAAUUAGCGUAUAAAAAAAUUCUAGUAGAAAAAAAAAUAGUAAUAAUAAAUAUGAACAAAAAAAGAAAAACAAUGUAGCUCUAUAAUAAUUAUGAUAAAAUCGUUGAUUGGUUUUUUUUUAAAUUAUAAAUUAACGUAUCAAUGAGCAAAGAAAUCGCUUAAUCUUUGCAAAAAGAAAAAAAAAAUAGAUAAUUUAAACAAAAAAAAAAAAAAAAACAGUGCAAUUUUUUUAAUUUUUUCAUUAUUAAUUAAUUGUUAUAAUUAUUUUGUUUGAACAAUUAAAAUUCCAUAAUUCUGUAUGUAAAUUAUUUAAAGAAAAAAAAAAUAAAUAAUCAGUCUGUUGUUCAAUCAAUACAGGAAAAAAAAAUUGAAAAAAAAAAAUUUGUUUAUUGAUUUUGUCUUUAAAAAAAAAAUUAAUUUAACGCGACAAGGAUUAUUAAAAUUAAAUGUCAUAAGUAUUGUCUGCAAGUCCAAUCUUUCCUGACUUUCUCUUAUUAUUAAUAUUAUUAUUAUUAAUAUUUUGAAUAUAUAUAUUUUUUUUCUUUCACAACAAUGUGUUGAUGUUUAAGUAUUUUUUUUGACUGUAUAUUUUAUUCACUUAUUUUUAUAUAAUUUUAAUUAUAUUAUUAGAAAUAUAAUCUUCAUUUAUUUAUUGACAAUUUUUCAUUUUAUAUUUAAACAAUUAAAUGAUAAACAAGACAAAAUAAAUAAAUAAAAAUUAUAAUUAUUAAUAAAAAACAACAGAGAGUAAUUUCUCUUUAAAAAAAAAAUAUAUAUCAAACCAGGAAAUACAAAUAGGGAUCACUCAAGGCCGUUACCAAUGUUAUUAUUAUUAUCAUCGACUAAAUAUUAAUAAUUAUUAAUUUUUAUUAUUGUAUAACAUAAUAAAAAAAAAAAACAAUUUAUUGUAUCUAAUAUUUUAGUUAUUGAUUAUACUGUCAUUAUUCGUUGUUAAUGAUUAUCUCAAGCUCGAGAGAGAAAAUGUUUAAAAUUAUGUAAUGUAGGAAAAAAAAACAAAAAUUGUAUAGAGACAGUGAUAAUCUAACAAAGGAUUACGUAAUCCUAAUUUUUUUUUAUUUUUAAUUAAACAAUUAGAUUAUUAUUAUUUUCUUUGAUUUAAAAAAAAAAUUUCUAUACAUUUAUUUUUUUCAUAAAAUUAAUAAUUUUUAUUAUUUAAUAUGAGCGUUAUUAAUUAUUAUAAUUAUUAUGGUUAUUAUUGAUAUUAUUUUAAAUUUUUUAAAUUAUAAUUAUUGAAUGCAAAAUGGCUUAUGAAGCCAAUGUGAUAGAGCUUAUAUUAUAAUAUAUUUGCGAAGAGAAAGAGACAAAUGGGAUUGUAAAUUUUACGACAAUGAUAAUGCAAAGAAAAGA